CAAACGACACGCAAUGUGACCUUUAUUUGUUUAUGUGUCAUGUUUUCCCAAGAACCAGGAAACAAGCUUUCAACAUAUAGUGAAACUCAAGGCUUGACGAACUAAGGCUUUCGAAAUUGUAAUAUUUUCACUUUCGAGCUGAUAUGAUGAAUGUUGUUAUUUCUUGAAACUUCUUUUCGUAGAAUGUAAAAAGUGUUGUCAUCAGUAUUGAUAACUUGCAAUCAACAGCGUGUGAUGGCAGCACAUGGCGUGAAACGAAGGAUCAUUAAUAAUUCAUAAUUCAAGUUAAUUAUCACAAAUUAUGCUACAAGUUGAGUCAGGUAUAAAAACAACAUAGCGCACUGGAGCAUUUCGUUCACAUGUGCGAUAGCGCUAGAAGUGAUGGCGAACCCUGAAUCUACUAUCUCUUCUGAACCAUCGGCAGAAGCGGAAAAGACAAUUCCAUCGAAUCCUGAGCCUUUGCCAGAAUGGAGUACAGCUUUUCAAAUUUGGAACGCCUGGUGGGAGGUUCACAGUUAUGGCUUUGCAGUAUUGUUUGGUAUCGUUACAGUAUUUUGUGUGUAUUGCUUGACUAAAUUGAGAARUUCACAAUCAUUGACGCUGACAAGAUACUUCACUGCAGUUACAGGACUUCUUCUUGUUUUCUCAUCCACGCGAUUCUUGUACCUCGUAUUGGAUGCUUACGAAGGACACAAAUAUCUUCAUCUUCCUGUGGUAUUGGUUCGUAUCAUUUUUGCUGUAGGCUAUCCCUGUCUUACGUCCAUAUUCUCUCUGAUUAACUUUGCUUUUGUCAAAGUGAACAAUGUGCUGCUUAUCGUCAAAAGACUUCAGAACCUAAAGUUCCUUUCCAGCGUCAUAGUCAUUCACUUUGUUUUCGUUUUGAUAGUUUACCUUGUUGUGACUUUCGCGCCCCGUUUAGCACGCUUGUUCAUUCUGUGUCAAGUGAUUCUCAUCACGUGGUGGGCCAUGUUAGUAAUUGCCUUUCUCUACAGUGCUUGGCUUGUAAAAUCCAACCAAAAAUCCAAGAUAAAAUACAUCAAUAGACAUUCAACAACGUUCGAUGAUCGACAGCGCAUUGAAACCGAYUCGGCAACGAGCGAGGGAUCRAAGAGGAUCAUUAAUAUAUCAAGUGUUGUCGCUGURGCUGGWUUGRUUUCAGUAGUUUUAGAACUGUAUUCGUUAUUUGGUGUUUAUCAUUUAUAUGACUUAAAAAAGCCUUUUGUGGAACCAUGGCCCUGGUGGGGAUAUCAGACAACUGCUCGUUUAGUUGAACUAUGUUUAUGCAUGGUUAUUGCAUAUAUUAUCUAUCCAACUACUAAACCCUUACGAGCACGAAGCAGUACAGCUAAUUCAAUGACAUCAGUAGUCACGCAUGAAAACAGAAAAAUAUCUAGAGAUAGAACGAGCACAACAGUGUAAAUUUAACUACGUAAUUUGGGAACGAUCGCUUCUUUGAGGGGCUGUUGAGAGGUAUUGACACUGACACCAAAGGAAGCUUCUAGAAAAUGAUGUAUUGUUCUCAAAAACUGUAAACACUUAACAAAACACGAAAGAUAUGUGGUAUGUAAAUUUACUUUUAACAUUUAUGGGUUUUUUUUCGCAAAGCGGAAUCGCUGUACUUAAUGAAACACAUUUCUUAGCGUCCUGACGACAAGACGUUUAUAAUAUCGCAAUAUAUGGAAGACUUUUAGUGUAUGUGACAUCAAAGCAGAUUCAUAAGGCAGCAAAAUUAUUUCUGCUUUUUUGGUGUUUUGUUGCCCCAAAUGGUGCUGUAUUUUAGCUGAUCCCUUAACUAAUACUUACAGAGCUCAYAAUGAAAACCAAAGUCACGUUUUAUGGUGGCUAUAUUUGGACAAUCCACGCUCGUAUUCAGCCUUGUGACUGCGUCAUGAAKGAUACUGUAAGAGCAACUGUAAAUUUAAGAUAUAAUAUGAAUAUGCUUGAAUUUGACCCCAACAUUUAUCGAGCACCUGGACCGGUAGCUAUGGUGAUCUGGAUCUUAUUAUCGAAAUAUUUGCACAAUAUAUACAUAAAAGUCUAGUGUAUAACCGCGAAAGCAGUGUAGAGUAAGCGCAAGAUAUCAGACGUUUUCCUAGUUUUCUUUGUUCUAGUACUUGCGCUUGAUUUUGCUAAACACACCAAGUGCAACUCACUUGUGCUUGCUUCUGCGCUUGUCCUUGCGUCGCUAGUGAAAAGCAGAUUAAUAAAUAGUCAGAGUCUAGACACAACAAUAUCCGCAUUAAGAGUAUAUAUUUUGUUUUUGUCAAUUUACUCGCGAAAAUAUCAGACAUCUGUCAACCUGUCUUGACCGUAAAAUAGUAAUAGCUCUCACUCAAACUGGCCCCGCGGCUGGAUAUCUAGAAAUACUAGAUUCAGACCGCAUUUGUUGGUCUUUGAAAGACAAAAAAUAUAUUUAAUAGUAAGAAUUAGUCACAUCGAGUCUAUAGAUUUCUCUCUUUGGUUGGCGAUUUUAACAGCGGAUAGCAAACACUAGUAACAAUGUACUACAGACUCAAAAUGUUGUACUUAGCCAAAGUUAAAGAAAUAAAAGUUCUAUAAGAAUUAAUGGAUCAA